AAAAUACAUUACCACCUAUUUUACCACCAAUUUCUCUUUCACCUCCUUCAACAAGAACUCGACCUUCUAGACCAAAGUACAAAGAAAAUUCGGAGAAGACAGCAUGGACAGCUGAAGAAGACAAUUUGCUUCGUUUAGCUGUCCAACUAUACGGUGAUAGGUCUGAAAGAUGGACUAAGAUUGCUGCUUGUGUUCCAGGAAGGUCAAAUAAAAUGUGCAGAAAGCGCUGGUUCCAUUCACUUGAUCCUACACUGAGGAAAGGUCCUUGGACGGAAGAAGAAGAUAAACUUUUGAGGAGAGCGGUGGAAAAACAUCAAAAAGUCUGGUGCAAAGUAGCUGAAUCUAUUCCUGGCAGAACUGAUGAUCAAUGUGCAAAACGUUGGAAAGAAUGUCUAGAUCCUUCAAUUGAUCACAAUGAAUGGACACCACAAGAAGAUCAAUUGUUAUUGGAAAGAUAUGGAGAAUUUGGUAGUAAAUGGCAACAAAUUGCAAAAUCUUUUCCUGGACGUCCUGGAUUACAUUGUCGUAAUAGAUGGAGAAAAAUUCAAAGACUUAAAAAGGCAAAUAAAGAUAACUUAUUAGAUAUGAUAAUUUACACGCCUAAUGAUAUAACCCCAAAACUUGAAGCGCUUCGUGCAUUUGCAUGUGGUGCUGAUGGUUGUAAUUCCCAUUAUUCGAAUCCAAAUGGAUUGUAUUAUCAUAUGAAGGCAGCCCAUCCUAAUGUGGAUUCAUCCAAGAAACCUUUUAGAUGUGCAUUACCAGGAUGUUCAAAAAAAUAUAAAAACAUCAAUGGUCUUUUAUAUCAUAUUAAAGAGGCAAAAGGUACAUCCGGUCAUCAGGCUGAUAAUGAUGACGAGGAAUCCCAAGACUCUGCCAUAAAACCUUAUAAAUGCCUAGUUCCUGGAUGUAAAAAUAGUUAUCGUAAUGCUAAUGGUUUACAAUAUCAUCAAAGACAUGCUCAUGAAAAAGAAUGA